CCAGCAAAGUAGCAGCAGCAGCAGCAGCAGUACAGUAUUGCAGGAGUGCAGUAGUACAGGAGUCAGUGUAGUAGUACAGUAUCGAAGCAGUUCGAGCUGCAGCUCAGGCUCGCCGGACUAAACAUCGCUACCGUCAAAUAAACAGGCGGAGAGGCAUCUCGCAGUGAGUUAGUCGCUCCCAAAUCGUUUUUCAUUUUGAAUUCAUUCAUUGUCAACGAAGAAGUGCGUCGACGUCGAAGUUGGGGGGGAGUCGCUGGAGCGUGAAAACCGGCAUGGAGAGAAGCCCUCGUUCCAAAACUUGCGGGAGCCUGUAAAGUCCGCUUUUCGGCUACGUAAAAGUCCCGGAGAGUGGCGCUUGGCUCGUGGAUGUCCGUCCUCGGCUUUGAACGCAGACCUCCAACUUUGUAAAACAACAGAACGAGCCGAACAUUCGUAUUCGUUGUCGUGGGAGGCAGAAAGAAUAGAAGAAGAAUAGAAGGAGAGUAGAAGAAGAAUAGGAGAGCGGGAGAAGUGGAUGUGUGUCCGGCCAUGGAUGUGACAGUUUACCCAGCACCUCCCCAGCUUCUGGCCGCGUCAGAGCACAGCAGACUGGGGCAGCUCUCCUACCCCGACCCGGCCUUCGGGACCAGCAAGUUGGAAGGAGACAGCAUGUUCCUGAAUAUGCAAGAAACGGGCUUCGACUAUGGUUCAAACAACCAGUUUCGUGUGCCGCAGCCCCCUCAGCCCCUCAACAAAGUGACACCUCCCAACCCUGCCUCGCAACACUGGAGGAGGGACACGCACAUGCACGACACGCACCGUCUGCCUUGGUCUUAUUCAAUGGGAGGUUUGGGUGAUGAUGACUACAACAUUCCAUCCAUCACUCCCCCUACUUUGCCAGACCACAUGAUGCCCCCGCAUCUGCCCCACGAUUCCUCAACUGGACCCUAUCCCCCUCUGGAUACCAACACCAGCUCAACGUCACACCACCCCUACCAGCUACAGGGUAUGAAUCUGGCGGGAAUGCCUGCCAGUCAGGAUGGAGCGCCUAUACUGAGCCAAGAUGGGGGUACAUUCAGCCCAGACGGGUCAACCAUGACCAGUACUCUAUCUGUGAUGCAGCAGAUGGUAAACUCUGAUUCUCGGUUUACCAGCAGCCAACAGCCCAUUGAAGCGGCGCUCGGACCCAAAAAUCCGUCAGGCAUGACCCAAGCGAGUCAGUUGUCCACUAUCAACCAAUCCCAGCUGGGACUCAGUGGGAACUCUGUUACCCACAAUUCUCCAUCUCCUCCUGGAAGUAAAUCAGCUACGCCAUCUCCGUCCAGCUCAGCACAUGAGGACGACAAUGAUGAUGGAUUCAGGGGCAAUGGAGGUGAGAAACGACCAGCAGCGUUUGACAUCUCCAAGAAACCCAAGACGCCAAAGAAGAAGAAGCGAAAGGACCCCAAUGAGCCAGUGAAGCCGGUGUCUGCCUACGCCUUGUUCUUCAGGGACACUCAAGCUAACAUUAAGGCCCAGAACCCCAACGCCACCUUUGGAGAGGUGUCAAAGAUUGUAGCCUCCAUGUGGGAUGGCCUGGGAGAGGAACAGAAACAGGCGUAUAAGAAGAAGACAGAGACCGCAAAGAAGGAGUAUCUGAAACAAUUGGCUGCCUACAGGGCCAGUCUGGUCUCGCAGAGUUACAACGAUCCAUCUGAGAUGAAGCCGCCCCACUCUUCCUCAUCAUCGUCCUCUUCGUCCUCCGCCUCCAUGUUCACAUCCAAGCCAUCUGUCUACACAGGCCAGCACCCUUCCUCCAGCUCACUGGCCCACCCGCUCCCACCCCCCCAGCACCCAGGCAUUUACAUGCCAUACCCUCACCCGUCAAACCUCACCCACCAUCCCUCGAACCCCGGCCUCGGACACCCUCACCUGCCCCCACCGCACGCUCAGAUCCAUCCCCAGCUCCAUGCCCUGUCCUCAAGAGGGACCGUGCCACGGCCCAGUUUGCCUCACCAGGGAGGGCUGUCCCUUGGCGGUGUGGUGCAAGCCUCCACCCCACCUCAUCAGGUCAGCCCUCCGCUCCACAGCCAGGCACACCUGGGGGGGCUACACAGUCCACACCAGCAGCAUCAACAGCUCAGCGGUCACUCACUGGGGAUGUCACACUCUCCAGCCAUCACACAGGCCUACUCCCUCCAGCCGGAGUAUCAGCCAAUCGGAGGAGGCCUGAUGAAUAGCGGAGCGGUAAUGUCAUCAUCGGUAGACUACCACCAGCUGAGUCGACACAUGCCGAACCAUCACCCGUCUCUCGACUGGAGCGGUGAUUACCAUGGCAACGGAGGUCCUCAGCGAGAUAAAUCUUUGUACCUGAGUUAAUUUCCGAGCAAAGCGACACCAAACAUCGUUCACAUCCUGCUUCUGCCACAGUGUGGAACCUCAUUCAAACCGCCACUCGAGUGGACUUGCAGUAGAGCCCCCACAAGACACACAAAAAGUCCUCGCUAAAUAUUUGUUUAUCCAAAAUGAGUUACAGUCGCAUAGCAAAUACGAGAAACGAAAUGUAAAAACAGAGAGACUUCCUGCCUCUGCGCAUACAGUAGAUUAGUUAGACUGGUUGAAUUUGAUCUACUACUACUACUUAGCAUUAUAUUGAUUUGAACUGAAAGGAUGUGUUCCACAAAGGUUUUCACAGGCUGGGCUCAGAAGAGUGCAGGUUGAUGUAUAUAAUGUAAUACAGGAGCCCUCACAAAGGGAUUAUUCUAGUCAACCGCUACGAAGGCGUAUUAGGGUCACACGCAGAGGCACAUGUUGGAGGACGUUCUGACAAUGUCAUAAAAUGUCAUAUUAUAUCGGACCAUACACAGUAAUAAUCACUUCAGACGUUUCAGCCAAUAUUUGUAAAUAUUUCGACGCAAACCCAACAAACGAGGCAAUUUCAGCAAACAUUUGGAGAAUAACAAUACCUCAGUGAUUAUGUUGUUAAUAUGCAAAAAAAAAAAAAAAAAAAAAAAACUUUUUUUUUUUUUUUUGGUCAAAAGCAAGCAACAACUCCUCAGCAGUCCUCAUCUCAAGUCAACAUUAUGUUGAGUACAGUAUGGUUAGAUAUCUUUUUCUCAUUGGUUCUUUUCAGUGCGACCCAAAUACUCCUUCGUAAAAUUCCUAAAUUCCCAUUAGCCCGAAAAAAAAUAAAGAAAAUAAAACACAAAAAAAUCUUUCUACCUGUUUUUGUUUGUCUCUUUGUAUAGUUUGGCUGGGCUACCAGUUCGAAAAAGCUCUGAAGAGCGUGUGUAAAAUACUGUCAUGCAAUUGUUCAAGCUGUCCCUUAGUUUUCUUUACCUCCAUAGUAUAUUGCUGCAGCCAAAGUGAAAAGAGCACAGCACACCCAAGCCCACGUUGUUCUCGCACAUCUGUCGGGCGCAAAGCCAGUGUGUAUUUUAGUCCUUGAAAUAAGGAAAUGUCAAAUAAUUAUUUGUUGAAUGCUAAGGUUUAUACGAUGACAGCUCCUCCUCCGUGCACAUGUCUGCCUGUUUCCAAAAUGAAUUUGGAUCCAAAGUGCGAGUGUGCUCAAGAGAAAGUAGCGUGCUUGCUCGAGCUGCAUGCUCUCUUUUUUGUCAUCUCGACUUCUCUGUGCACAGAGGCUAUUUAUGAACCGAUAACUAUUGCUCUGUUGGCUGUGUGUAAAUGUUUUAAUCAAGUUAUGUUUUAGUGUUAAUGAUGAGGAGAGAGACUCUCUCUCUCUCUCUCUCUCUUGCUCGCCCUGUAUCUUUUUUGUAUUUUGUGUUUUUUGGCAGAUGAAAGGACUCUGGGCAACAACCAUGAAGAUUUUCUUAUUUUUAGAUUCUAAAAAUGUGUUUGAGAAUAAAGUCAGUGCUGCAUUGAUGUGCAGUCAUUACUCCAAAGA